CCCUAGAACAAAGUCAUGACUGCACAUACUGGCCGCGACUGAAGCCGAGUCAACAUCUUCUUUUUCUGUUUGCCUCCUUUCACGAGCAGGAGCCUCCAAACUAUUAUCCCGGCGACCGGAAUAGACGCGACAGUGACAAUCUCGAAUAUUAACAACCGGGGAUUCCCUACUGAUAUCAGACUAUCGUAUUCCUCUGUAAUAAUCAGCGAGUUUUUUGUUGCCAUCGAGAAAUCAUGAUUGCCAUCCGGCUUUAAUAGUGAAAUAAGUUUGAACAGAAUCAUUCAUCGAAUUUACAAUGUGUACACGCCAAUUGCGUGUAAGGAUUCUACUGUUUAUGGUUGUUAUUUUCGGAUUCUUUUCGUUCGGGAAUGCAGCUUCUGCACAUAUCCAUACACAUCAGCACAACAAAUCCAAUAGCAAUGAAAGAACCGAGGAUGGUGCGUUCAGUCCACGAGAUAUAAAUCAUUAUGCCGGAGGGGAACAUCAUCAGGAGUUUGACCAUGAAGCUAUCGUUGGUAGCGUAAAAGAGGCAGAGGAGUUUAACAAACUGCCUAUACAUGAAUCUAAAAGACGCUUAGAAAUUUUACUGAAGAAAAUGGAUUUAAAUAAUGAUAAGGUUAUCGAAAGAAAUGAGCUAAAAGCAUGGAUUUUAAGAUCAUUUAGUAUGCUUUCUACUGAAGACUCUCAAGAUCGAUUGGAGGAUACUGAUACAAAUGAAGAUGGUAAAGUCAGCUGGAAUGAAAUCUUGCAAGAUAUGUAUGGCACGGAUCCAGAGGACUUAGCGGGAGAUGAUAAGCUUAUCACUGAUGACAAACAAACUUUCGAGGCUGCCGAUUUAGAUAAAGAUGGUUACCUGGAUACAGAAGAGUUCAAAGCUUAUACACAUCCUGAAGAAACACCUAGGAUGUUUCCACUUCUUUUGAGACAAGCUUUAGAUGACAAAGAUACAGAUAAAGAUGGCUUCAUUAGCUUCCAAGAAUUUAUUGGUAACAGAGCUAAAUCAGAAAAUAAGGAAUGGUUGUUGGUUGAGAAAGAUAAAUUUGAUUAUGAGCAUGACAAAAAUGGAGAUGGCAGACUAGACUCAGAUGAAAUACUUUCUUGGCUAGUGCCUAGUAACGAGGAAAUAGCAAGUGAUGAAGUAGACCAUCUGUUUGCUGCAUCUGACGACGACCACGACAAUAGAUUAACCUUUGAGGAGAUUUUAGACCAUCAUGAUGCAUUUGUCGGGAGUGAAGCUACAGAUUACGGAGAUCAUUUACAAGAUAUUGAACGUUUCCAGGAUGAACUAUGACAGUCGGUUGCUAGACGUGUCAGCGAAAUCUUCAUUCUUUUUGUAUUUGUCAAAAGUUUACAUUUGUGAAAGUACGUUUAAUACUUUUAAAUACCACACUUCCAGCUAUAGUAUGUUUUGGUGUUCCUAUUUAUGCUGCAUUUAGAAUACAUUUGCAUUAAGAUUAAUUACGAUUGCACAAAACUUAUUUAAAAUACUCAAAGCAUAGUGUUUCACCAGUCUUCCAAUUUUUAUGAAACAUUAGUGCCAUAAAUACAGUGAUGUAUUAUUUUAGCAUAAUAGAAUUUACAUUUCUUAUAAGUAGCAAGAGUUGCAAGAAACAUGGUCUCUCACUUUUAUUAUUUUUCAAUGAAUAAUUAUAUAGAUGCACUAACACUAAAUUCAUCUAUACAUGUAAGAUUAUAAAAGAGGAGGAACCAAUCUUGUAAUUCAACUAAACAAUAACCAAAUAAUGAAAUUUUACUGAUUAUUAUAUGAUAAUACAACAUACAUAAUGCGGAUUUAAAUAUUCUCAAUAAAAAGAAUCAUGUUUCCUCCAUAUUAUUUACAAAAUUACUUUGAUAGAAAAUGCAUUUUAUUCAGUAUCUUUUACUGUUCAGUCGAAUAUAAUUACAUAAGUUUGUCU